GCAAUUAUUGAGUGGGAGCUACACACCUGUACCUGCUAGUAGUUCCCCACUGGAUGCCGAUCGGUCCAGCCAAAUGUGCCAAGCAAAAUGGAUUAUUAAGAUCACAUAUAUCCAGUUUUUUGUUUUGCUUUUUUUUUUGCUAUGUGAGUGAUGAUCUCAGUUUUCUUGUGUUUUGUUUCAUUUUGCACUUGGCCAACACAGCAGAGGCUUUUCCACAGAGGACUGAAUGGAGAAGAAACGAUCUCGGUCGGGGCUCAUGAGUGAUGAAGAAGAGGAGUACAGGAGAAUAAGCCCAAGGAAAAAGAGAAGCGUCCAGUAUAAUGUGGAUGGUUAUGGUGAAGACGACGUUGAGGAUGAGGAUGAGGAUGAGGAAGAAGAAGACGAGGACGACGAGGACGACGAGGACGAUGAGGACGACACUGAGCAGCUGGGCCCAUCCACCCAGGACGCCCACACCCAGACUACACAAGAAAAUAGAUUCUUGACUGUAAUCUGUGGAAACAAAAAAGGCAUCCUGGAUAAAGAAAAGCUGAAAAGAGGUGAAGACUGUAUUAAAUGUGAAGACUGCUGGUAUUCUCCACCUGCAUUUGAGGACUUUGGAGGGAGAGGCUCCUCUAGGAAAUGGAAACAAACUAUUUUGCAUAAAAAUGAGCCUCUGCAGAGUUUGUUUGAGAAAGGUGACUUAACCACCAAGGGAUAUAAAAGCAGACGAGCUGAGCCUGCAAAGCAAAAGAAAAUUCCAUCAUUAAAUCGAAUCACCUCUUUGGACAGCUCCUCUGAAGACUCAGAGAUACAGACUGCAGAAGAAUCUGAUGAAGAGGCUGUUAAAGAUGAAGACUGGCUACCAAGCAGUGGAGACUUGGUGCUGGAGGCAGAAGAAGAAAGGGUUGAGGCUGAAAAUGGCGGGGAGGUUGUAGACUCAGAUUUUGACACGAGUAAAGAGGAGGAUGAAAUGGAAGAGGGAGCAGUGGAAGACGACGAUGUGCCUUCUAGUGGUGCUAAUGACAGCAGUGUUUCUGAGGAAAGGAAGCCGAAAGUUAUCUUAUCAACACCUGAGAAGAGAGCAUUGCAGUCGGAGGUAAAAGUUGUCAUCAAAAAGCUUACAGAGUUUCAGGCGACGACUGAUUGUCAGUCCACCGACGAGGAGCCUGCACAGGAAGACAGUUGGUGUCAGCCUUUGGAUGAGUCCGACCCACCCGAAGCUGAAGGUGUUGAGGGAGAAAAUGGAGAGGAGUUCACACAAUAUAAUGAAGGAAGAGAAGAUGGACGCAGAGGCAUCAAAACUCAGACAAGAAACUCUCCAUCACCUCUGUCUGCACCAGCAACCUCGUCCCAAGACAUCAAACGAGAAACUGAGAACAUCGAGUCAACCAGCAAUCGCACUGCCAGCCUCAGUUCCUCCACCACAGACACAGGACUUCUUGGCAACAUGAGAGAUGUCGGCCCCACCACUAAGUCCCAGAGGGUGCUGAAUGAGUGUAAAUAUCAGAACAGAGAUGCCACCACCUCUCGCCAGCAAGCAGCAGAUUUACAAGUGAUUCAGCUCAACACAAGGAUUCCCCGAACAACACAAGCCUCAAACAUCACUCAUCACUCAAACAUCACCACUCAGUUCAAAACGCUGGAUGCUCCAUCCCAUCGGCCCUCCACCAGCUGUGAUCUGGACGCAAUGGACCUCGAUCAGCUGAGGAGAGAGAAACUAAAGAUGCAGAUAAAAGUGUUGAGGUUACAAGAAGAAUACUAUAGUCUGAAAAUAAAGGCACAUAAGAAAGUAAAUUGAUUCACUGAAGCCAGGUUGUAAAGCUGAUGGUUGCAACAGGACAAUACGGUCACUCAGGGAUUACAGAGAGUGUUUACUGGUCUACUGGAACGUUCCUGUCACUUAUCAACUUCAUCAUCAUCAUCAUCAUCAUCAUCAUCAUCAUCAUCAUCAUCAUCAUCAUUUCAAUCCGUGAAAGGAAUCUUGAUGUAUAUCCUACAAACCAGGAACAUAUUUAUAAUGAAAUUUGCUCAGGCUUCUGAUCUUGGGACCAUGUUGGAUAGCAAUGUUUCCCUUGUACAUGUUUUCCUUGGGAUUUUCUGUUUUAUUUUAAUUGAUACAUUAAUCAAAGCAGAAAAUGGAUUCCUUUUUUGGGACCAGUCAUCGACUGUAUAUGAAGAUGGCAGAUGCACUUAGAUGACAAUAUGAAGAUAAUUACAUUUCUCUCUAAUUCUGCUGCACUGAUGCUGCUGAAGAUUUAUAUUAAUUUUUUAAAAGUUAUGUACAAAGUAAUUUUCUGUAUGUUAUGCCACAUGUUUCAGGAGGAUUUCAGCAUGUCUGUUUCAUGAAUUAAUGGUUUGUAAAUGCCAUAAUGUAUUUGUCUGAAGCAUUUACAUCAUGCAGCAUGCAAUUUUCUUUUAUACAUAAAAUACAUCUCAAACGUGCAUGGAUGACACAGGGCCAAAAACCACCUGUGGAAUAAACUGAUUUAUUACUGA